AUGUCUGGGGUAAAGACUCGGCUGUCCGGCCUGCUCGGCCAUUUCAAUACUUCACCACCGCCGUUUGAACAUCGCUUCAAUAACCAUACACUAUCUCCCACCUUCUUCCUGCCUCGUGCGGCAGAAAUUGAGCCCAAUGCCGAGGCUGUCUACCAUGUAACUGCCAAUAACAAGAUCCUCCGCAGGAGUUAUGGUGAACUUGCAGACCGGGCAAGAGGCUUGGCUUAUUACCUGAAGAAACACGGCUUCGGCAGAGUAGGCAUCCUCUGUCCAAAUACCCCAGGGUUCCUCGAGUCGAUCUUUGGAAUCGCCGCAGCUGGCGCCAUCAACGUCGCUGUCAACUACCGUUUGAAGCAAGAAGAUAUUGCUUAUAUUUUUGACCAUGCUGAUGUGGACGUGAUCAUCGUUGAUGAGGAAUUCGUCCCACUUCUGGAAAUCUAUCGCUCCGAGCACCCCCACAUCCCUAUCAUUAUAGAUACCGAUACUGAUGCAACCGAGGGUGAGCUGACGGGCCCCUUUGACGAGGCUGUAUUGGAAGGCCUCAGGCAAGAUCUGGAAACAGGCGCACAAGGCUGGGGAGGACUUGAGAGUCAAGUUGCCGAUGAAGAUAACAUCCUUGCAUUGGCAUAUACCAGCGGGACUACAGCCCGUCCUAAGGGUGUUGAGUUCACCCACCGGGGUUGCUAUCUGGCAACAUUGGGCAAUAUCAUUGAGUCUGGUAUAAACUACCAAACCGGACGUGCCCGUUACCUGUGGACGCUACCCAUGUUCCACGCUAUGGGUUGGACAUACCCAUGGGGCGUGACAGCUGUUCGUGGAACCCAUUAUUGUCUACGCAAGAUCGAUUACCCCGAAAUUUGGAGAUUGCUGAAAGAGGAGCAUAUCACCCACUUCAACGCCGCACCAACUGUGAACACUUUACUCUGCAACGCAAAGGAGGCCGAGAAGCUACCUCAGCCUGUCCACGUCACAGUGGCAGCAAGCCCGCCUACACCUCAUCUCUUCGAACAAAUGACCGAUCUCAACUUGCAUCCUGUACAUGUUUAUGGAAUGACAGAAUCGUACGGCCCGAUCACCAAAGGAUACCUCCUGCCAGAAUGGAAUGCCUUGCCCAUCAAGGAAAAAUACCAGAAGAUGGCCCGCCAAGGCCACGGUUUCAUUACAAGUCUUCCUGCGCGAGUUAUCAAGACUGAAGUGCCCGAAGGUACUAUUACCAACGUUUCCAAGGAUGGCAAGGAGAUUGGUGAGAUCACUUUCGUUGGAAACAUCUGCGCCCGGGGAUAUUACAAGGAUCCUGAGGCAACCCGGAAACUCUUUGCAGGAGGAGUUUUGCACUCUGGGGACCUGGCGGUUUGGCAUCCUGAUGGUGCAAUUCAGAUUCUUGAUCGCGCGAAGGAUAUCAUCAUCAGUGGUGGCGAAAAUAUUUCCUCUGUAGCACUUGAGGCUAUGCUGGCCACGCAUCCUGACAUUUUGGAAGCUGGAGUUGUUUCCGUUCCUGAUUCUCAUUGGGGCGAACGUCCCAAAGCCUUUGUCACGGUGAAAGAGGGCAAGAGCCUCGAAGGAUCAGAUGUGAUCAGCUGGGCUCGGAAUGCCAGCGGAAUCAGCAAGUUCAUGAUCCCUCGAGAAGUCGAGGUUGUUCCUGAACUUCCCAAGACCAGCACUGGCAAAAUUCGGAAGAAUGUUUUGCGUGACUGGGUGAAGGGCGUGAAAGAAACUUAG